AUGGCGCCCUCUUCGACAACCGCUCAGCGGAUAGAGGAAGCUCGGGCUCUCGCGAAGAAGGACGCUUCCAAGGCCGAGACCAUCUACAAGGACAUCCUCUCUCAAGGUCCAGGAUCGACGGAAGCUUCGUCGCGUGAUUAUGAAAGUGCUUUGGUCGGAUUGGGAGAGCUUUAUCGGGAUGAGAAGAAGCCGAACGAGAUCGCUGAGCUCAUUAAGACUAGCCGGGAUUCAUUCUCAUCAUUCGCAAAAGCUAAGACAGCAAAGCUUGUCCGCCAGUUACUGGACCUGUUCAGUGAGAUCCCUAAUACACUCGAUAUUCAAACCUCCGUCAUCAAAUCCUGCAUCGACUGGGCUAUCGCAGAGCGGAGAUCCUUCCUUCGACAGAACCUUCAGACCCGUCUUGUGGCCAUUUACAUGCAGAAGCAAUCCUACUAUGAUGCCCUGAACCUGAUCAACUCCCUCCUACGCGAGCUGAAGCGAUUGGAUGAUAAACUUAUGCUGGUCGAGGUCCAGCUGCUAGAGUCUCGGGUGUAUCAUGCUUUGGGUAACCAGGCCAAGGGCCGCGCUGCUUUGACAGCUUCUCGCACAUCGGCCGCCUCCGUCUAUACCCCUCCGAAUCUGCAAGCCGGCUUAGACAUGCAAAGCGGUAUGCUGCACGCGGAGGACAAGGACUUUACUACUGCUUUCUCUUAUUUCAUUGAAGCUUUGGAGGGAUACAGCUCGCUCGACGAAAGCGACAAGGCCACAGCAGCUCUUCAAUACAUGCUACUGUGUAAGAUUAUGCUGAACCUGGGGGAUGAUGUGACGACUUUGCUCGGCUCCAAGCAGGCCCAGAAAUACGCUAGCCCGCGUCUCGAGGCCAUGAAGGCUGUAGCCCGCGCUCACGCCAAUCGAUCGCUUGAAGAAUAUGAAAAGGCCCUCUCGGACUACCGGUUCGAGCUGGGCAGCGACGUAUUUAUUCGGAACCACCUCCGCCGACUGUAUGAUGCCAUGUUGGAGCAGAAUCUGAUUAAGGUCAUUGAGCCCUUCAGCCGGGUUGAGCUGGACCAUAUUGCCAAGAUGGUAGGGCUCGACACCCCGCAGGUGGAGCGGAAGCUCUCGCAGAUGAUCCUGGAUAAGGUGAUCAUUGGCGUGUUAGAUCAGGGCUCUGGAUGCUUGAUUGUAUUCGACGAGACGGAGCGCGAUCAAGCAUAUGACGCUGCCCUGGAGACUAUUGAGAAGUUGAGCAACCCACUAGUUAUGAAUGCUCCAAUGCCGCCCACUUACGGACGUGGGUUCCCGCAGGCCGCCCAACGGUCUCCUGCCACGCCUCGUCGCGGACCCCAAGGACCAGCUGGCCAAGCAAUGCCUGUACCCAUGCCACAGCACGCUGUUCCCGCUCAGUAUAUCCCCGCCCAGCGCAACAUGCCACACCCCAACGAUGCUGCUCUUCGCCGGAGCCGCAAGCCCACCGACAAGAAUAUCCCCGACGGCAUCGAAGAUGUAGUGAUCGGGGAAGGCGUACAGCAGUAUAAGAACCUGCGCGAUUUGGAGAAGCGAUUGGACGCCGCCAUCGUCCGGAAGAGGUUGGAUAUUCAGGAUUCGAUCAGCAAGACCGUCAAGAAGUACCGGACGAUGCGCAUUUGGAUUACAAACACAGUCGAGAACCAACCGUGGCAGGGCGCAACUGGCCAGAACGGGUCAGUGACCAACCCCGGCUCGGGGCGUUACAAGGUACGCAUAGAGGGACGACUGCUGGAUGAUGACGCCGAUCCUACGGCCCCUGAGGACAGCGACAACGAGGGCAACGAGACGCAGGCGAAUGGAGAUGCCAUGGAUCACGACGGGAAGGAGGCCAAGAAGAACGCCGCGAAGCGGUCGAAGCAGCGCUUUUCGCACUUUUUCAAAACGAUCACAGUCGAUUUCGACAAGUCUUCAACCGCGAACCCAGAGGAGAUUAAGACUGUUAACUGGACUAAGCCACAACUUCCGGCUAAUACUGUAACACUGCCGCCGACAGCCGAUUUCGAUUCUCUGCAGUUCUCUCGAGCUUCGCAGGAGAACCUGAAUGUUACCGUGAGCCUUGUCAGAGAUGAGACUCCCGAGCGGUAUAAGCUGAGCAAGGAGCUGGCGGAGGUGCUCGAUGUCGAGGAGGAAACGCGCAGCGGAAUUGUGCUUGGAAUUUGGGAUUAUAUCCGCGCGAUGGGUCUACAAGAGGAUGAGGAGAAGCGUUUGGUCCGCUGUGAUCACCGUUUGCGAUCUAUCUUCGGCCGAGACCAGAUGUUCUUCCCACAGAUCCCAGAGAGCAUCGGCCCUCACACCAGUCCCCUUGACCCGAUCAAGCUUCCAUACACUAUCCGUGUCGAUGAGGAAUUCCACAAAGACCCCACCCCCACCAUCUACGACAUUCAAGUAGCCGUGGAAGACCCGCUCCGCGCUAAGAUGCUCGCUCUGACCCAGAACCCACAGUAUACCGCCGGGCUGCGACAGAUUUCCACUCUGGACGACCAAGUGUCGCUCAUCGUCCAGGCACUGACACACUCGCGUGCCAAACACUCCUUCUACACGGCGUUGAGCAAAGACCCCGCCACGUUCCUCCGUCGCUGGGUCAACUCCCAGCGCAGGGACCUCGAGACCAUCCUGGGCGAGGCGACGCGCGGUGGCGGCGAAGAUGCCACUGGCCCGGAGUUCCGCCGCGGAGGUGCCGAUGGCGCUUGGGACUCGCCGGUGGCCCGCGAAGCGGUGCGGUACAUGCUCGCGAAGCCGGAGGCCAUGCUGCGGUGA